AUGCCGGCUUGGAAUGCCGGAUGGAUUAGCCGGCCUGAGCCGGCUCUAAUCACCUACAGAAACCCUGCACCUGCACCUGCACCAAAGUAUAUAGACGGCGAACUCUAUCUCUACCUACAUCAUAUCACAUCAAAUCGCCUCAAGAGCAGUCUCGGAUCUGAAUUGCCGGUGCUCUGCUCUGCUCUGCUCUGCUCUGCUCUGCUCUGCUCUGCUCUGCUCUCUGCUCUGCUCUCUGAUCCACUGUUAAGUUCCUACUUCGUACUUUUCUGCAUCCAUUUCCUAUCUGUUGCUAUCCUAUCCCGUGUCCAUCGCUAUCCAUGUCCUAUCACCGAACCUGCACAGCAGCAUCAUCAUCCCGAACCUCACGCGCUUUCUCUCGUCCCAUCUGUAGCCGCUCCUCCUCCACUUUUUCCACCUCGCCCUCCACCUCCACCUCAACCUCUAUCUCCACCUCCACCUCCGCCUCCACCUCCGCCUCUCCCUCUUCCUGCCCUUCCACCCUCAUCCCCCAACAGAGCAAUCAAGCAAGCAAGCAAGCAAGCAAGCAAGCAAGCAAUCCCCCAUCUCCCCACCACCACCACCACCACCACCACCACCACAAGAACAUCCCCAAUCCCGGGCCUCAAAAGGCCCCCAACCGCCACCAUUCCCUCCCCGCACUCUCUCGCCGCGAUCCUGUCGCCGCCCUCUGCACCUCCGGAAGACUCCAUUCCCGCUGUUUCGCGCGCGUUGUCGCCCAAGCGCUCGCACGCGGAGGCCUUCGCGAAUAAUUCGGAUCACCAGCCCUAUCUACACCUUGAGUCGCCCCCCCAGCAGAGACUCAGUAUUGCGUCGACGCGGGAGCCGAGCCCGGGCAUACACGGGGCGGAUGAUGGGGGCGGAGGGCCCAUGAGAGGAGGGCUGGACGAUAAGAAAGCCCAGAAGAUGGUGCGCAGCUCCAUUGCGUGCACUCGCUGCAGGAGAAGUAAAGUCAAAUGUGUCAACAACGGCAUCCAGUCUAUUUGUAAAGCCUGUGCCCAGAGCAAUCGCGAAUGCACAUAUCCAGUGGCAGGUUCGACGCCCGCCCCGAGACGAACCGAGUUGCCAUCGGGAAUCAAACAGGAAGAGGGGAUGGGCGAAGGCAAGAAGCGAGUCCGGAAGGCGGAGGAUAGCGGCCGGAGGAAUAGCCACAGGCCACUCGAGGAUGUGUUGGAAUCGCCAAUCCUGACGAGAAAGGUGUGGGAUGAGCUGUACGAGUUGUUCAAGUUGCACUUCUCGACCGAGAUGCCCUUCCUCCACCCGCCCACUUUUCGGAACCGGAUGCGCCAGGCAGCUUACCCCCGAGACCCUUCAACCUCAGCCGCCGAUAUCGAGGAGAGCAGGGUUUUGCUGCUUGGUGUCUUGACCCUGACUGCUCGCUUCCACCCAGGUCUGGUCGCCCAUCACUCGCCCAACAAGGAUGAUCCGCUGGCAGCGAGCGAAUACUACGCCGGGCCACUGGCGGCGGCCUUUGGCCCAACCAUCCGCAACUUGACUGCGCCCUCACUCGGGAAUAUCCAAGCCUUGCUGAUGCUUGGUUUGUACGAGUGGGGUCAGACAAGAGGUCUUAGUGCUUGGCUGUAUCUGGGACUGGCAAUCCGGCUUGCCUUUCCUAUGGGACUUGCCUACGAGGAUGACCCUGAUUCGCAUACAUUCGCGCUCGCCACCAGCCCCGACGCCCGUGGCGGGCAACCUUCCAAGCAGAUACAAUCACCUCGCGAGGACGCUAUUGAGAAGGAGGUCCGAAGGCGGACCGUUUGGAGUUGCUUCAUCAUGGAUCGCAUGCUGGCGGCGGGUAAGUACAGACCAACGAUGAUGAGUGUCGACAAACUUCGAGUCCAGCUCCCAUGCUCAGAUGACCAAUUCUUGUUUGUCCGGGAUGUGCAAACUGGCUUCUUGAACUCGGAGUGGAUGGAUACCCCGUCUACCACCUAUCCCGAACCUACGUCUGCCCAUGAUGACGGGGUCCUGAGUCGAUACAUCCGGUUGGUUGACAUUUUUGGGAGGUUAUCCGAAUGGAGCUAUGCUGGCGGCAGGAGAACCGAGCGGCUUCCUCCAUGGGACGAACGGACUCAAUUCUGUCAGUUGCGCCAGCAGUUGAAGCGAUUCCACGACGCCUUACCAUCCAAUCUGACGUACACCGAAGCAAACCUCUCUGCUCACAUCGAAAAGCGCAACGCUACGACCUACGCCUCUCUGCACAUCCUCUACUCUCUAUGCCUGAUCAUGCUACACCGGGAGUUUAUUCCUUUCAUCCCGAUUCGAUGCGAGAAGCCGGUUGGACCCCUGGACGAGCCGACAUUCCCCGAAGAUAGCUUCCCUCCCCCUCCAGGAUUUUGGGAAGAGAGUGCCGAGGGAAUCAUGAAAGCAUCCAGGGACAUCAUCGACAUUGUCGGUACUUGCCAGGAGGACAGUGCACUACCGGAAUCUCCACUGAUCGGCUUCUCCAUCUACCAGGCGGCAUUCGUCUGUCUCUACGCUGCCAAUUUCCCACAGAUGGAUCUAGAGCGCCAUCUGGUCAAUGAUCCCGCUCGCAGUCUCCAUGCUGUGGACAACGACACGGGAUUCCCGGGCAUGACCAAGAAGAUGCUCAAUGAGAUGGCUCCCCGGCUCAAGAUGGUCAAGACCUACCUCAAGACCAUCGUCAGGAUGCGCAACUACUUCCGAGGUGUCUGGAGCGAGUACUAUGGUCGAUACAAGCGCAAGCCUCAGUUCGAAGGCGGUGGUCUCGAGCAGUACAAGAAGUAUGAGCGAGAUUUGAAGGAAUUUGGGGAGCUGAAAGACCCAGACCAGAACCUGGGAUCGGAUGGAUCCGACACGGUUGACCAGACUCGGUCCCGAGCCAGCACCAACGAUAUCCCCGGAUCCAGCGUCAAUGGCGAGCCCAUGCAAGGUGUCGAAGCACCCCUUCAACCACGAGCCAAUGGGGCGUCGAGCUGGGCACCCAUCAAUGCCGCCAGCCCUCCAGUCGAGGUCGACGACCGAGCUCGGUACGCCCAUGGCCCGUACCCCUACGGCAUGCCACCGUACCAAAACUCUCCUAACCAAUCCUCUAGCGCACCUUCUAUCAUCAGUCCCAGCAACGGUGAAUCGACACCGGGCGGUAUCAACUCCCCCUACGCCAAUAACCACCAAUACCAGAAUGCAAGCCAACCCCAACACAUCGCUGUCUACCCGUCCGUAGCCCAGCAUACGAUGGCGCCGCCGGUUCAUCCUAACCCGAUGCAGUUUGCCACGGAGGAGAUGUACGAGAAGUGGAUUGGCGAACAGGAGGCUAUCCGCAUGAACACAGGCUUUGACAAUUUUGCGCAGGAAGAUCCGAGUGGUUCGUGGGUGCUGACUGACCCGAGAGCCCACCCGAAUUAUUUGCAGGCGGCUUGGCAUGGUUUGCAAGCUGCUGGGACGUGGCCGUAG